AUGCAGGACGCUGGCUGGACACCUCAGAUUCGAGAGGCUGGGAAAGAAGAUGAAGAGAUCUUGCUAGCUAAUCGGCGUUCUUCUGAUAGCCAUGACCUGGACAGAGAUGAAGGGCGAAGAGCCAGUCGAGAUGGCGAUGAUUUGGAAAAGGAAGGAGGGUAUGAUAGGGAGGAGAGUGUGGGUGAUGGAGGAGGGGAAGGGGAGAUCCAGCAGAGGGGUCUAAGUAGGAGUACGAAGGGGACGGUUUGGGUCGUGUUAAUGACGAUGAGUACACUCAUCGGGAGGAGGGUUUUGAGGGGGGGAUUUCCAUAUCCGUUUUAUUUCGUGUUACUCACACAGCUCAUUGCAUGGAUCCUGGUUGCGUUUGUAGCUCUCAUCGGCGUACUGAAAAAAUUGAGCACGAAAACAUUAAAACUAGAGUCCUCGGGGGACUAUUCUUGGUUGGCCAUUAUUUUCAUCAUUUUCAGGACAAUACUCGCUUCAUCGGUCGCUGGCGUUGCUGCACUAUGUGGUGCUCUUGCUCUAUUGCACACCCCGAAUCUACCAGUACUCGCUAUGCUACCUAUUGUAACAUACGCCUUCGAUAGUUUGCUAUUCCGUGUAGCAUAUGUUCUUCGCCUGUUUCCUCGAGAGCAAAGUACUUCCAUUAGGAGAGCCUACAAAGUCAUCUUCGUCUUGGGACUUUCCGUUCCCCCAAUAGCAUUGGACUACAGACUCAACAUCCGAAAUCUCAUUGUCGCUUUGGCCGGAUUCGCACUUCUCAGUCUCUCGAAAGUCAUUGCCAAGAUUGGGCCUAAGUUUGAAGCGAAGGGUAGCGGAACUGGGUUGUUUACUCCUCUGCACCACUACCUGCUACAGGGUAUUGCUCCCAUGGUGAUAUCUUGGGUGGCUGUUUCGAAGUACGAGAAUGUAGUUGCAGCCCAUCAUGCUUUUUCUACAUGGAGAUGGGGCUACGCACUAUUAACCCUUGCACCGGGUGUGCUCUUACAACAAUUUUUCCACGCUCCGAUGAACAGCGCACAUCCAUUUGUGUCUGAAGUCCACGUCGGAGGCGCCUUGGAGGAACCAACAGAAAGAGCUACAGGUGCCAUUGCCAGUACUCUUCAAGCUGGGUUCUGGACAGUUGUCAUCGGCGUUCUUGGUCCGGAGAAGAAUUUCCUCGAUUGGUUCCAGGUUCUUGCUGUCACUUUCAUCUACAUCAUCUGCGUUGGGCCCAAACAUAUAGGAUAUUACCCACCUCGCCUUCUGAACCUCGUUUCGAGAAUCUUUCGCCGAAGACAGCUCGCAGUCCACGCUGAACCCUGGCAAUUCGCAUUCUUCCUUGCUACAACCACAGCCGUCUUCGCCAUAGUCAUAAGCUGCAACAUGAUGUUCUGGGUGGACACCGUCGCCUACAAUCAGAACAUCAAAACCUGGCUCGAUCCUAAGAAUCUCAUCCUAGAUACCAUGUACCGCCCUCCACAGCUUCGCUCCUUCGAUGUCGUAAUUGCACAUUCUGAAGGCGAUCCGGUGUCAACCAUAACAGAACUAAUCGAAACAUUCACGCCCCACCACCUGGUCCGCUGGUAUAACCCGCGCGUAACGAUCUACAGCAAAGACGCAGCAUUCAACCUCAACACUCCCUCUAACGAAUCUCUCAAAGGCUCCUUCGAAGGCGAUGUCUCCAUAACAAUACUCCACAACUCCGGUGGCGUCGCAGCCACCUUCCUACACCACAUCCUCUUCAGCUGGACAUUCAUGCCUGUGCAAACACUCUUCCUCUCCACCGCAACAACCUCGCCCCUCACCCUCCCGCUCAUGAAAAAACGCUUCUCCGACUACUUCACUCCCAUGGGCUUCCCUAUCCCUGACGCAAUGCCCAAAUCCGGCUUCCUGAACCUCGGCGAAUCCGAGACCUGCCACUGCGGCGCCUGUUUCGACUCCUUAGGCUGGGAAGACACCUUCCAUCUCGUACCAUCGAUGUGGAGCGCUGCGAGACCAGGUAGCAAUACAUGCGAGUCGGUGCUGUUGACGUAUGGGAAUAAUUUCGCGGCAUCGGCGGCGAGGAUUAGGGGGACGAAGAAGGAUGUUUGGCAGUUGUUGUAUGAUGGGUUGGUGGACAAAGAUCUGUCGAAUGCCUGGGCACAUAAGAAGGAGAAGAUGCCUGUUGUGCUGAAGGGGGAGGAGGGGAAAGGGAGGUUUGCGAAGGGCGCUGUUUAUGGGUGGAAUGAUACGUUGGAGCGGCCGUAUUUGGGUUUAACGGUUGAGAGGUUGUGGGGUGUGCUAUUGCAGUGUAGUACGCCUGAUGUGGCGUGGGGAUGUCCAUCGUUGGAAGUUGGGUGGAGGAUUGGUGGAAAUAGGGAGGAUUGUGGCUGCAUUGAGUAG